AAGCAGCACCACUGUUGAGAAACUUCAUCACAAUCAGUUGUAUCGUUGACUAAAGAGAAGUCGUACUUCAACUCUUUCAACAAUAUAUCUGCUUGCAAUUCGGUCUACGAAUCAAUCAUGGAGAGACGUAAUUAUUUCGCAAUCAUGCUACUCGUUUUUGGGGUCAUCGGAGUUUAUUCCCAUUCUCAGAGGAGCGAUGCAGGCCAUGUUCUUCCAUCGGUCGAAUCGGUUCAAGACUCUUCUGACGAGGGGCUGGCUGAUUUCUCAGUUCUUCACGCUAAUAAGGACGCUGGUGGAAGAUCGAGGAGAGAUAAACCGCCGUCUGAGAAGAAAAAGGUGGAACAGGUAGCUAAGGCAGCGAGAAAUUUCGUUUUCCGACAACCACAGACUUUGAGUUCAGCUGAGUUAGCUCAUCAGAUUGAUAUGCGAGAGCUCCUUGGCUAUGUCGAUAUUAAUACGAGGACGGGUAUGAACACAGACAUGGCCAUAGACCGCGCUAUAGCGCAACAUACUCAACUGGUUCGUCGAAUCAAACAAUAUAUUCGAGCGCAUCCCUCCCAAUAGUACGGGCGCAACAAAUGUUACAGAAGAUAAAACUCAGUUGAAAGAUUAUCAAUAAAAUUGUA